CCUGUAACGUCACCGUGCUGGGAUGAAUGCGCGGGGCAUGGCUCGGUGACUAAGACACUGGUAUCUGAGUAGCAGAGCGUCAUAGCGGCAGUACGAGGUAGACGGCGAACUAGUGAGUGUGCUGCGGGAGGUCAGUCAGCGUCGUGUGCCAUUAGUGUGAGUUGAGGCUGGGAAUGUAUCAGAGUGCGGCAGGUAGGCUGUGCUCGGCGCUCAGAGACGUGCCCGCGCUCUGCGCCUCCUCUCUGCGGCAACAGCCACACCACUCCCCGGUCAGGACCAGGACGCUAUCCCCGCCCGUACUGGGCAGCUUCGGCUGCUGCCACAGUCUGGCCGGCUGGAUAGGGGACGGAGCGGCUAAAGCGGUUCCCACCACGAGCACGGCGGUAACCACGACAGUACCGAACGGAGGAACAACAGGGAGUCCGGCCAGGACGGCCCCGAGAGCGGUUUGUUCCAUGGGAAACGGUACAAGUCGCCUGUACAGUGCUCUUGCCAAGACUCUCAGCGGCACUGCAGCCACCCCCCAGCAUCAGGACUAUCUGGAACAGUCAGAGCAUGACCAGCUGGAUCCGCUGGACCCCAAGGAUCUUCUGGAGGAAUGCCAAGUUGCCCUGCAGGGAAGGCCUCCCCGGCUUCAUAGAGAAUUUGUUCCACACAGAGAUGAUUUUAGCAGCCCCCAUGCAUUUAGGGUGAUGCAGUGGAAUAUCCUUGCUCAAGCCCUCGGAGAAGGCAAGGAUAACUUUGUCAAAUGUCCCAAGGAAGCGUUGAAGUGGGAAGAGAGGAAGUAUUUGAUCCUGGAGGAGAUCCUUAUUUAUCGUCCUGAUGUCCUGUGCCUGCAGGAAGUGGAUCACUACUUUGACACUUUCCAGCCAAUACUCAGUAGGUUAGGCUACCAAUGUACGUUUCUAGCAAAGCCGUGGUCUCCCUGCCUUGAUGUUGAGCACAACAAUGGACCUGAUGGCUGUGCCCUGUUCUUUCUGCAAGACAGAUUUCAGCUCAUUAGCAGUGCCAAAUUCAGGCUGUCCGCAAGGACCCUGAAAACCAACCAGGUGGCCAUUGCUGAAAUCCUUCAGUGCAAAGAGACUGGUAGCUUGAUGUGCAUUGCUGUUACCCACCUAAAGGCCCGUACUGGGUGGGAGAGGUUCAGGCUUGCACAAGGCUCAGAUCUCUUGCGGAAUCUUGAAUUGCUUACGCAAGGGGCUAAAAUUCCCCUGGUUGUGUGCGGAGAUUUCAAUGCAGACCCAACAGAGGAGGUAUACAAGCGAUUUGCGUCUUCAAACCUGAACCUUAACAGUGCCUACAAGGUGCUCAGUGAAGAUGGAGAGACUGAGCCUCCUUACACCACCUGGAAAAUCCGGCCCACUGGAGAGUCUUGCAAUACCCUAGAUUAUAUUUGGUAUUCCCAGAAUGCUUUGGAAGUGAAUUCUGCCUUGAGUCUGCUUACAGAGGAGCAAAUUGGGCCAAACAGGCUCCCAUCUUUUACGUACCCAUCCGAUCAUCUUUCACUGAUCUGCGACUUCAGUUUUAACAUGGACCCAGACAGGCUGUUAUAGUUGCCAGUGACUGAACUGUAGCUGGUGUAAAGUGAUGCGAAUUCAACUCUAAUGCAAGUAGCACACUAUGUGCAUCGGCCUUUCCUGAACCUCCUAUUUUUGAAGCUUGUAUUCAAUAAUAAUUUUUUUCUGGUUGCGUCAAUUAAGCUGUUAUGCCAAAACCUUUGUUGGACUUUGCACACUAUCAAUUUAAACGGAGGCUAUGGUGUAUUUUAGUUUGUACACCUUUCCACAUGAUCAUAGGUUACCUAAAUUUUUUUUUUUUUUUACAUUUUGACACCCUUUUGCUGUUUUUCAUGCUUUGUACAGAGAAAGUCUACAGAAUCGUGCAAAUCUUUUUAUUGGGAGAAACUUUUUUGCAGAACCGCCACUGAGAUCACAUAAAGUAGUGAAUGAGUAAUCGCUUUACACUAAGAAAGAAGGGGGUAAAGCUUCAUCAUUGUGCAGCACUACGGAGCAGGAAGCACAGCAUGCAUAAUACACAACAGAAAAUGGGCCGGCUCCACAAGCCAUAUUUAUAAAAUAUAAAAAUGAUAGAAUAAUUAAUAAGAUUUUAUGCUGAUAAACCGGUACAUCUAAGAAGCUUCUACAAGACUCGACGGUUUGCAUACCUGUGCUUCUAGUAAGGCAAAAAUGCCCAUGUUUGUGUCUUCAUGUAUGUUCUAUUGAUUUUAUUUUUCUCACUGCGGUUGUAGCAUUUUCAAAACCAAAUGCCUUUGUAAAGAGAGGUGCAUAUCUAUUUAGUUUACCAUGUUCUAGUUGUUAGUCACUUGUUUUAAAUGUCACUUUCUGAAAGUAUUUAUUUUUCUACAUUAAACAAAUGUCAACUAGUAAUAUUUAUUUUGUAAGAAAGGGCCUAGGAUUAGCUUUUUUAUUAUUUUGAGGUGCAAUAUCAAAAGAUGCCAGUUGAAAAGCAGGGCCUGUCCUCAGAUCGAAUGCAUUUCUUAUUAUGUACAUACAGGAUGUAUGUUUAUGUCCUGAGGUUUCCUUUAUUUAAAAAAGAACAGUAGAUGCUCACCCUGAUUCCCACAUUAGUGCUUGAUGUAGAUAUUUAUUUGUUGCAAAUUAACAUGAUUUUAUCAAUAGGCCUAACUGUAACUUAUUGUUAGUUUCAUAGAAUUUCGGGACACUUGAAUGUUUCAAUGGAAUGUACAAUUCCAGAUCACGGUCUGUAUUUCUUGUGAAUGAUCGUGUUAUGAGAUAAUGACCCUGUUGCAGUAUUGUAUUAGAUAUUUGAUACAGACCAAAGUACUAUAUCAUUUCUUAUUGUGCAAUUAAAAUCCACUUUAAACAUA